AUGUGCAGUAAAUAUGCAAGUGUAAUAUUUGUGGUAUUAUUGGCUGCAGAUCGUUAUUGUGCUAUAUGUUGUCCGACCUUAUGUACGCGAUAUCGAAACUACUGCGCUGCAGUGUCAUCAAGUGUCAUCGCUUGGAUCCUGGCCUUUUCUGCCGCCAUUCCGCUUUACUUAUAUUCAGAAGUGGUGGAACUACAAACAAAUAGUACUGGAGAGUUGAAUAGGCUUGUCUGUAUUGCCAAAUGGCCUGGCUUAACAAGUGCCCGAUGGUAUAUUACUUUUUCAUCAAUCUUAAUUUAUGUUGCACCGUUAGCAUUGAUGACUUACUUCAAUUAUCAUGUCCUGAAGAAACUCCGAAAAGCUCUUCGUAACAGUAAACGAUUAAAGCGUACGUCGAAAUCACGUGCUCCUUAUCACCGUGUAACGCGUUUGGUGCUAUGCGUUGUCAUAUUCCAUGCUGCAUGCUGGUCUCCAUUCUGGUUGUUUAAUUUGCUCAGUUCCAUAUUUCGGUUUCGGAUACACACGUGUUUCAAUCGUCUUAUUAUCAAUGUUAUUCAUCUCUUUCCGUACAUCAAUUGUGCCCUAAAUCCACUAUUAUAUGCAGCAAAUGCUGAAAAUUUUCGUGGAGCUUUCCGAUCUCUGUUUAAAGCUAGUUUCAAUGACAGCAAACCAUUGUCAACAACGAGGCGCAAAGCUUCUCAAAUUAUUGUUGUCGAAAGCUUCUUUACACAGAUAAUAGAUCCAUACAUGGUAUCUUUGCCGUUCCGGCAUUAUUUCACCGCAAAGAAACAACGAUUUGGUUGGUGCAUCGGACGUAAUCACAGUAUUAUGGCUCGGCCACCAGUGAUAUCGUCGUGCAAGAAUGAAAUUAUUGUUGAACAUAUUGAAUUGAAUAAAUCGAAUCAUUCGAAAUCGCAACAUUAUGGUGCAGUCAUAUACCGUAAUCCAUUGCUAGAACCACGCUGUAAUCAUGCUCUGGACCAAAAUUACAAUAAUUACUUGCUUCCAUGA